GACGUUGGUGCGCCGGAGGGACAGCUGAUACGCAACAACACAAAUAAAACGGCGAGGGAAACAAGUCCUUCGUUGUAGCAUUUCAUUAACGUAGAAUUACCCGUUCCAAGCAGAAUGAUGCAGGUUCAAUAUAUAUUAUAGGUCUGAAAUAUGUUUUUCUGGACAAACAUUUGAGACCCCUGUUAGUUGACUUUCUAACAUGGAUGCCCCGGUCCCGGUCAUGUCUCUGUGUGACCUGUGCCUGUCCCGUGUGUGCUGGAGCCUGGAGCAGCUGUGUGACAGCAGGGCCGACGGCUCCCUGCGGCUCCGCCGGGCCCCCAGCCUGCCCACAGAGACCGCCGACCAGCUGCUGCACAAGAUGACGGUCGAGGGCCUCCUCAAUGACAGAACCGUGGCCAUAUUCCGCGACGGCAAGGCCUUCCGUCUCCGCAGAGCGUUCAUCAGGGGCGGCCCCGUCUCCCCGGGGGCCUUCCGCCUGGCCCUCUGCCCCCACCGCCUCCAGGAACUCGACGCCUCCCGCCUCGCCGAGGGCCACGCCAGCGGGGCCGAGGUUCUCGCCGCCCUCCUCACCAACCCGGAGCUCACGUCCAGCCUGCAGAUGCUGUCUCUGGCCGGGCUGCAGCUGGGCUGGGACCCCCUGGGUCCGGACGGAGGCCCCUCGGUCCGGGCUGCGGGCCCCUCUGUCCGGACUGUGGGGGGCUUCAGCUCCCUGCGGGCCCUGCGGACGCUUAACCUGGCGGACACGGGCCUGACGGACGCCGCGCUGGAGGAGGUUUGCUCGCUGCCCCUGCUGGAGAGCCUGGACCUCUCCCGCGGCGCCGUCACCAGCCUGGCGCCGCUGCUUGGGUGCCGGGCCACCCUGAGGUCCCUUACCGCCCACGGGCUGCAUGGGCUGCGCAGGCUACCGGUUGUCAUGCCGGCCGCCCCCGGUGUCCCCUCUGUGCUGAUCCGGCUCAGCCAGCUGAGGCAUCUGGAUCUCUCCGACGACCGUUUUGCCGCCGAUGACGUCCCAUGCGACUCAAGCGAGGUGGAUGAGGUGGUGCAGCGGCUCCUGGAGGGGGCCCCUGAUGAGGAAGGGGCCCCUGAUGAGGAGGGGCUCAUCCUCCCGGCGCUGGUCUCCCUGGACGUGUCCGGAAGGAAGGCUGUCACUGAGCGGGUGGUCCGGGCUUUUGUGAAGGCCCGGCCCAGCCUGGUGUUCCUCGGCCUCCUGGCCACCGGGGGCAGCGCCUGCGAGGUUCUGACCUCACGGGAGAACCUGAAGGUGACCGGGGAUGCUAAUGAGACUCAGGUGUGUGAGGCGUUGAGGAGGUACAAAGAGAGAGAGUGCUUUCUUCACGAGGCUCUCGUCCUUCUCUACAACCUCACAGUCGACCUCAGCACGCCGCGUCAGGACCUCCUCCAGCUGGUGCUGGCGGGGAUGAGGAGCCAUCCCUCCUCGCUGCAGGUGCAGCUGGUGGCGUCUGCGUGCGUCUUCAGCCUCACCACCCAGGACCUGGCCGAGGCCAUGGCCCCGCGCCUGCUCGCGGCUGCAGUCGACCAGCUGCUGCUGUCCAUGCAGAGCUUCCCCAGUCACGCACAGGUUCAAAAGAACUGUAUCCUGGCCCUCUGCAGUGACUACAUCCUCCUGGAGAUCUCCUUUAACAGGUAUUUGGCCACCAAGCUGGUAAUGACCUGGCUCAGUAGCCAUGAUGACCCCACCCUGCAGAAGAUGGCCGUCGCAAUAAUUUCUGUCCUGGUUGCCAAGCUAUCCACAGAGGAAACUACACAGCUGGGCACAGAUGUUUCCAUUAUCAGGCAACUGCUGGGCGUCGUGCAGCAGCGGGCCUCCCUGGGUGUGGUGGACAACACUCUGAGGUUCGCCCUGAGUGCUCUGUGGAACCUGACGGACGGCAGCCCUGCGGCGGGCCGACACUUCGUCCAGUGCCAGGGCCUGGAGCUGUACGUGGAGGUGCUGGAGUCCUACUGCUCCGAGCCCUCGGUCCAGCAGAAGGUCCUGGGCCUGCUGAACAAUCUGGCUGAGGUGGAGGAGCUGCAGGGGGACCUGAUGGAGGAGGACCUGCUGGACUACGUCCUCAGUGUGCUGGGCGACCCCCGGGUGGGGGUGGAGGUCAGGUACUUUGCUGGUGGCUUCCUCGCCCAGCUCUCCUCCAGACCCAAGGCCUGGACCCUCCGUCAGGAGCUGCUGGAGACCAUUCACCAACAGCUGCAUCUCACGGUCAUGACUUGGAGCCCAGCCGAGAAAGAGAUGGUCUCCUACAGGUGCUUCACUCCCUUCCUGCCUCUCCUCCGGACCUCCCAGCCAGCCGGGGUGCAGCUGUGGGCUGCCUGGGCCUUGCAUCUGGUCUGCAGUCACAACGCCCCUCACUACAGCCCCAUGCUCCAGCAGGAGGGGGUGGUGCUGCUCCUGGAGGCCCUGGCUCUCCACCCAGGGACCCACGCUGACGUCCAGGCCCUGGCCCGGCUCACCCUGCACCUCGUAGGGGCCCGGCAGCAGGCCCAGAUGACCCCGCCCGGCCCUCCACACAAAGAGUGCUCCCUCGGCCCUUCUGGAGACUGAAGAGUCGCUAAUGACGGCUCGAGAGGUAUUUAACUCAUUACUCAACACACGUGUUUCUGUCGUUACAGCAACAUGUUGAUAACUGUAAUCAAUAUGGGAAAUGUUGGACUUAAAGCAGCAACAUGUAGCUGUACUCAGUAUUGGACAUGCUGAAGACCUGGUGGUGGCAGUUCAGCCUCUGCUUCAAAUGGGGUGGUGAUCUGUACCAGUAAAUGCAGAAGUUACAAAUGUCAUCCAAGCUGCGGUAUGACAUCAUCUCUGGCAUGGAGCAGCGGCAGCACUUACAGAGCCAGCCAUCCUGCUGCUUCAGAGGAAAUUCAAACCCCAAUUAUUUUUUUUUAAAUGUGUUUUGGGGCGAAGUUUUAGGUAGGAGGGGGGCUUGUUAUCCCCAUGGUCAAGAUCUACGCCAACCUUUUGAUACUUUUUGAGUGCCAUCGUUGUGUAACUGUUAUGAGCGUUAUGUUAAGCUGUUGUGUUUGAAACCAGCCAUGCACCAGAGGUAUACUAUAGGCCGGGGCUAGCAUGGGCUUAAGCUCCCAUGAAAUGGGAUUUGUAGUAUUUGACACUUAGUUGAACUUGGCACUAUUUGGAACAAAGUGUUGUUCAAAUAAAUAUGUCCAUGUUUGUGACUGACCCAAACUGGGUGGGGCGUCAUUCUUAAGAACACCACUAGAGGUUGCUAACACAAUUUAACGCUAUGGAACACAGUAACAUACUACAACAUGCGUGUGUUGUGACACAUUCGUUAUUCAUAACUGUCUAUUUGAAGCAACCAAAGAAAGACCAUAUUGCAUUCUUCGAGAGAUUAACAACGCUGUUAUAAAAGGAUCUUACCUGAACGCUUACACACAAAUGAACAUAAUUAAUCUGGGCUUCUCUCUGUGUUAUGAUAUAUCUGUCAUUCUGAGUCUCCUAGAAACAGGAUCCAUUAUGCUUAACGUAGGGCGGCCACGGCUGAAGCAGAGGCUCACAGCCGUGAUCCAGUCUAUUCUAAGUUCUCCUAAUAAUAAUUCCUUUUGGAAAGUGGAUUAUCGGGUGCUUGCGGAUGUUUGCUCCGGACCAGCACUUGUGAGUGUGGCGUAUCCUCUGAGCCGCUGUAGCGUGGUUUAGUGUGGUCUGCUGAGCUUAGCAGAGGGGCCAGCGGACCCUCCGGCCUCCGCUGCUUGUGUAAAGGUCAGCAAAGGCCGGGCAGACUGCACUCAGUGGAACACAUUACCAACGGGUCUCCAACCUCCAGAAAGGACGUGUUGAAGGCGCUUAACCUUUCUUUGAAACCACGCCGAUUUGCCACCAAAGGAAAAAUGCAACCUUGUCUGACAGUGCACACAUGCACCCACGUACGCACUAUAAAUGCUCUUUUGAGUUAAGGAUACAUAUGUAUGUUACCUGUGGUUUAGCAAAUGUUGCUAAGGACCACCUAUAAUUUGUGUGUGCUUAUGAGUAAGGCAUCAAUA